AGUUUGAUUUAAACACUUUUGUGCGGAGCAUCAUGUCACAACCAAAACGAGUAGUUCGUGUAGUCGAAAAAUUUGAUUUAUUGAAGCUAGUUCAAGAUGGAAUUGAUGAGAUCGACAUUGAUGAUUCAUUUUUCGUAACGGAUGUUGGUGAUGUUAUCAAGAAAUUUAUUUUAUGGAAGGAACUAUUUCCUCGUAUCGAUCCGGACUAUGCCAUAAAAAGCAAUAACCUUUCUUUCGUUGCCAAUACGUUAGCUGCGUUGGGUAAGUUGAAAUGUGUUUGAUUGAUAGGUAGUUUUAUGGACAAUUUGCCUAGUGAUUUGGAAUGUGCUUUAUGCUGUAUAUUGGUGCAAGUUAAAACCUUUCAAGUGCUGUCAAUUUGAGUAUACAGAAAGAAAGUGUUCAAUUUGUGAUUGACGUUUUUAUGAAAAGUUCCAGACUAGUUUUAUGGGUAUUUUACGAGUAUAUACUGCUAUGCUUUACGUCCUGCCUAUUUUAGAAAUUUUUGAACCUUCUAAUUUGUAUUUAAAUAGACUGUCCAUCGGUUUUUGGACAGUCCAAAUUUUUAACCAAUUUCCAAGAAAAAUAGGUUCAAAAAAGCGGGACUGUCCUGUCAAAAAUGCACAGUUGGACAUCCUAUAUAUAAGUCAACCUCAAUCCGUAAAAUCUUCCAAAUGUCACAACCAAAUAAAUUCUUACACACAUCACGCAAAAAAAAUUAUUAUUAAUAAAAUAAAAUGACAAUCCAUAAUAAUAAAUAUAGGAACUGGCUUCGAUUGUGCAAGUCAUGGAGAAAUGAAACAAGUGCUCGGUAUGGGUGUGGAUCCUGAUAAGAUUGUCUUCGCACAAACUGUCAAGCCUGUUCAUAACAUUAAAAUGGCAAAAGAUAAAAAUGUCUCAAAGAUGACAUUUGAUAAUGAAUAUGAACUUUUAAAGGUUAAAGAACAUUAUCCAAAUGCUGACCUUCUCCUAAGACUUGCCUUUUUACCUAAAUCAUCCAAUAAAAUACAAUUUGGCGCUAAAUUUGGUUGCUCACUUGAGACUGGAAAAUAUUUAUUGAAAAAAGCGAGCGAACUGAAUGUAAAUGUACGAGGAGUUGCUUUCCAUAUUGGUCUUGGAUGUGAGGACGAUGGCAUUUAUACAAAGGCAAUCGAAGAUUCUGCUGAGAUCUUUAGAAUCGGAACAGCUUUGGGACAUAAAAUGGAUUUUCUCGACAUUGGAGGGGGAUUUCCAGGACAUGAAACUGAAUCUGUUAAAGAAGUAGCUAAAACUAUAAAUACCGCUAUCGACAUGCAUUUCUCUGCACCAAACAUAAAGAUAGUCUCCGAGCCUGGUCAAUUUUUCGCAACACACUGCAUGACUCUGAUUGUCAAUGUCCAUUCAAAAGCAAUUAAAUUAAAUGAGGAAGGAGAAGAGGUUCCGAAUUACUACAUAACUGAUGGAAUUUAUCAAUCAUUCUCGAUGAAAGGAAGCGGUGGCAAAAAUCCAACACCACUGACUAUAAAGACACUUAGAGAUACGUCAAAAAUGAGUUUAAAAAAGAGUGUCAUUUGGGGCAGAACGUGCGAUCCAAAUGACCAAGUUGAGAGUGAAAUUUUACUUCCCGAACUCAAAUGCGGUGAUUGGCUUGUGCUUGAAAACUUUGGAUCAUAUAGAAUUACAACAAGUAGUUCAUUUAAUGGUUUUCUACAACAUCCGUCCUUCAAUUACAUCGAACGAGACGUUUGGGAAACUUUCAAAGAUAUGAAACUGCCAAAUAUUGACAUUGAUUAUGAUGUUAUUGAAAAUUGAUGAAAUAUGGUUUUAAAACUUUUAAUACUUUUUUUUUACACAAGAUGUUGCAAUAAAAGGUAGAUAAAAAUGGAAAAAAAGGAUGUUUGAGUUUUGAAAAUAAAAUAUUAGACGCAUAGUAACCACAACAGACCAUAAUAAUGGUUAUGCUGGAGACACAUGAUUGCUUUUUUGAGUUUGAAGUUUAUUGUAUGACUAUUUUGCAGGGAACUGAAAGAAGAGAUAUUGUUUGGUAAUAUUUUGAAGAUCAAUGAUAUCUAAUUGGGGUGUUGGAGCAGGAACCUCAAUUUAGAGUGGAAUCUAGGGUAUCGAGCUAUAUAGAGGCGAAUCUGCCAGUGUGAGAGUUAAAGCUCUGUGGAGCGAGUGGUUAGGCAAUAGACCGAAAAUCUUCUUUGUGACGACUUGAGUUCGAUACCUCCCAGAGACCGAUCUGUCUAUCAAUAUAUAGAGCAGUGUUGUGCAAACUUUAUAAGCCAUGUCACACCUUAGGAUUAAGCUAUGACUGAAGUCGCACACAGUUUAAACAAAAAUGAUAUAAAGUGUUAUUAAUAUGACAAAAAUUCGCACAAUGCUCAAGACAUUACA